CGCGGCACUCCCAACAUGGCGGCGGCCGGGACGGCGGCGUCGGCGGCGCGCAGCCCGGGAGCCCCGGCGGGGAUGGCGGCUCGAGUCCGGCGCCCGCCCGCGGCGCGGCCCGCGCGGCUGUCCGCCCUGCUCGUGCUGCUGGCGGCGGCGGCGGGGCCGGGCGCGGGCGGCGCGGCGCGGCUGUACCGCGCGGGCGAGGACGCCGUGUGGGUGCUGGACAGCGGCAGCUUGCGCGGCGCCACGGCCAACAGCUCAGCCGCGUGGCUCGUGCAGUUCUACUCCUCGUGGUGCGGCCACUGCAUCGGCUACGCGCCCACCUGGCGGGCCCUGGCCGACGACGUGCGAGACUGGGCCGCCGCCGUCCGGGUCGCCGCGCUGGACUGCGCCGAGGAGAAGAACCACGAGGUGUGCCGCGCCUACGACGUCCGCUUCUACCCCACCUUCCGGUAUUUUAAGGCAUUUACAAAGGACUUUACAACUGGAGAGAAUUACAAAGGGCCCGACCGAGAGCUGCGGACGGUGAGGCAGGCGAUGAUCGACUUCCUGCAGAACCACACGGACGAGGGCAGGCCCCCCGCCUGCCCGCCUCUGGGCCCCAUUCGGCCCAGCGACCUUCUCUCCCUCGUCGACAGCCCUGCUGGCCGCUACGUGGCGGUGCUGUUCGAAAGCGACGGCUCCUACCUGGGACGUGAGGUGAUCUUAGACCUGAUCCCGUACGAGCACAUCUCGGUGAGGAGGGCGCUGGGUUCCGACUCGGCGCUCCUGGCGAAGCUCGGCCUUUCUUCUCUGCCCUCCUGCUACCUCAUCUACCCCAACGGCUCCCACGGACCCGUCACUGUCGGGAAACCUCUCCGGUCCUUUUUUUCCUCUUAUUUGAAGUCGCUGCCGGGUGUGAGGAGGAAAUCGCUUUUGUCGCCGGAGAAGCCAGACGGGGAAGAAGACUCUGGGACCGUGGCUUGGAGGGAGUUUGACAGGUCAAAGCUCUACACGGCGGACCUGGAGUCCGCGCUGCACCAGCUGCUGAGGGUGGAGCUGGCCGCCCACAAGGCCCUGGCCGGGGCCGAGCUGCAGACACUCAAGGACUUUGCCACCGUCCUCGCCAAGCUCUUCCCCGGGCGGCCGCCGGUCCGGAAGCUGCUGGAGACGCUGCAGGAGUGGCUGGCCAGCCUUCCACUGGACAGGAUCCCCUACAACGCCGUCCUCGACCUGGUCAACAACAAGAUGCGGAUUUCUGGCCUGUACCUCACUCGCCACGUCCAGUGGGUCGGAUGUCAGGGAAGCCGAGCGGAGCUGAGGGGCUACCCGUGCUCCCUCUGGAAGCUGUUCCACACUCUGACCGUCCGGGCCGGGACCCACCCGGACGCGCUGGAUGGCACAGGCUUUGCCGGCGACCCCCAGGCCGUUCUGCGGGUCAUCAGGAGGUACGUCCGCGUCUUCUUUGGGUGUAAGGAGUGCGCCGAGCAUUUUGAGGAGAUGGCUGAAGAAUCGAUGGCCUCCGUGAAAACCGCAGACCAGGCAGUUCUCUGGCUCUGGAGGAAGCAUAACGUGGUCAACGGCCGCUUGGCAGGCCAUCCGAGUGAGGACCCCAAGUUUCCCAAGGUCCCGUGGCCCACCCCGGACCUCUGCCCCGCCUGCCACGAGGAAAUCAGGGGCCUGCCCAGCUGGAACGAAGGCCAGGUGCUCCUGUUCUUGAAGCAGCACUACGGCAGCGACAACCUCGUGGACACGUACUCCGAGGACCUGGGAGGCACAGGCGAGGGCGCCCCGGCCGAGGGCGAGGGGCCGGAGCGGGGCCGCGCUUCCCCAGGGCAGCCCCGCGGAGCCCCGGGCGCCCAGGGCCUCCGCGUGCCCAGCGAGCUGCUGCCCGGGCCUCACCUGUCAGAGCGGUGGCGCCAGGGCCCGGCCGCGGGCCUCGGGAGUCUGAGCGGCGCCGAGGGCCAAGAGGGCCGCAGGGGGGCCGAGGCGGCCGCCGCCGCCGCCGCCUUCCUGGGGCUGGGCUUCUCCAGCCUGGACAUGAGCCUCUGCGUCCUGCUCUACGUGGCCUCGUCCUUGUUCCUGAUGGGCAUGUGCUGCUUCUUCCGGCUGCGGUCCAAGCGCUGGAAGGUCAGGCUCCACCACCCGUCCGUGUAGACGUCUCGAGACCAGGGACGCGCCUUCGGGAGAGCCCGCGGCUUCCGUCUUGAGAGCCGGGAUCUGUCCGCGCGUCAGCCCUGAGGGCCCUCCGCCGUGCCUGCCUCUGCCUCUGCCCGCAGGCCUCACGCCCGCACCUGGCGAGGGACUGUUGGCCCUGCUGGCCCCUCGGUGGCCGCCUUGCCCAGACCCGGGAGCGGGGGCUUCUGUUUUCUCUCUUCCAGGUCUCAGAGUGGGCGGGGGGCCCUUCCCCCGGCUCUCGCGGCCUCGCUGCCCUGGGACCUGAGAGCGGCCCCCUGCCCCCCAGGCCCCCAGUCGCCUCCCCGGCCCGGCUGCUCCCCGAAGCCAGUGGUUCUCAGUGGUUCACCUGUGUUCGUGCUUCUCCACUGCGUGGUUAUUUCUGCUCGGAGCAAGAGAAAUCUCCCUGGACGUCGAGGCAGCUCAGGACCAGAGAAGGGACGCCCCUCCCUGCCCCGCGCUCCGCAGGCACUUCCCCUCCAGAGGCGGAUGGGGGGCAGGGGGCUGCGGGCCGGAGUGCUGCCCCUCGGGCUCCGGAGGCGUUCUCCUUGUUCACGUGGUGACAGGCAGCUCCGAGUCCCCUCUGCCUGCCUGUGGGCUGGGCAGACCCUCUGGAGGCCCUGAGAGACGCGGUCCCCCACGUGAGGGGCUGCGGGGGGGCCUCCGAGGGGGCCCGUGUCUUCCCCCUCCAGCACCCACUUGGCACAGCAGGAACCCAGGGCUCAGCGGCAGGGCGGGCGGUGGCGCCCUAAGGCCAAACCGCAUUUGCCUGAAGCUGUCCCACCAGGUGUCCUGGUGGCAGGCCCGGUCCUCAGGCUUCAAGGAUUGGUUUUCUAACAUUUAAUGGUUUUAACACAUUAUUUGUAAAACCCAAAACAUUUAGAAGUACAUUCGCCCUUGAAAAUGUAAGCAAAGACAGACACUGUGGCAGGGACACCUCCUGAGGUCCUUUGUGGCUGUUGGUUUGUCUCACAAGCUCAGACGUGCGUGUGUGCGUGUGUGCGUGUGUGUGAGUGUGUGAGUGUGAGGGAGACCACGAUGCUAUACCUGUGUGUGUGUGAGCGUGAGUGUGACCACGAUGCUGUACCAGUCUUUCCACUCUGCCUCUUUCUCUUCCACUUAGGGUGUUUGCUAAGUGCAGCCGGCCACGUGGUGUGUCCUACGACACGGAUGCUGGUGUGACACCGGCAGCGUGGGGGGGGCUGUCAGCUUCUGAUCACUGUCUGUGGGGGGCGCGGGCCGCAGGCCCUCAGAGCAGGGACUGGCUCCUGAGCUGCUCCCAGAGGUUUCUUGUUUGACACUUUCUAAGCCCUGGAAGCCUUUGUGUUUUAAAGCCGGCUCGUCUUCCUGGGCGUGUGCCUGCGUUACUGAGGUCCCUGGGCAGCCUGACGCAGGAUCCAAAGGGAAAUACUUGGGACCAGUCCUUAAACGGCCUUUUGGUUCACAGCCAGUGUCUUUUUCUCCCCAGAAGUAAGUUUCUUUGGGCGGAACUGGGAUGGCGCCUUGCUUACUUUCUAGAACCCGCCUGAGGGUGAUGGUUGGCAUUCGGGGUCAUAGCGAUGUUGCAGUUAGAGGGGCAAGGUGUGCACAGGCCUGUCGUCGUCGGGGGGGGGGGGGAUGUGCCAAGGUGGCCCGGGGCCCUGUGGCCCGUGUGCCAAAGCGGGAACUCAGCCUCCCGUGCUGCUCAGAACCAGAUGCUCCCUUUAGGCAGAGGUUCAGUUCUCUUUCCUAAAGUUGUGAAUAUUGAGACUAAUGAACAUAGUGGUUCGAUAAUUUAAAUGUAUAUUUAUUUUUAAUGGAAGGAUUUUGAUUAGAAAGAAGCUACUUGACAUGGGAAUGUCGGUGAAAUUUCCUACUUGCCAGGGACACAAACAUUUUGUAUGUAUGUAAAACUCUAAUGUGCACAUUUUAAUAAUAAAGAAAU